GACUAACCGUCGUCCUUCCAAACAGUGGCUUCAGUCGGGCACGUGAGAUUUGUGGUCGCAAUCCGUCAAUUCCAUUCCCAAUCUCAAAAUAUUUCCAAUUCUUACCCUCCUCCGACCACGGUCUCUUCGGUCCGUUUCGGCCUAUUUUCGUCAUUUACUAUGGCAUCCCACUCUGUCACUACACCUCAUCUUUCCAUUUCCUUCAUUCUCUCUCUAACUUUACUUUCUCAAAAUCUCACCCAUCUCUCCUUCCUCCUUCCGCCGGCGAAGAAGAAGAUGGGGAAAAAACGUAACUGGAGCUGGACCUCCGCUCUUGUCGGAGCGGCGUCGGCAAUUGCAGCCACGGCCAUCAUUUCCGCAAAGCCCAAGGACCCCACCUUUCACUUGAUCUCAAUUAAAUUCACUUCCUUCAAGCUCAAGCCGCCGGUGGUGGACACCGAGCUUAUCCUCACCGUCCACGUCACCAACCCCAACGUCGCUCCCAUCCACUACUCCUCCACCGCUAUGUCCAUUUUCUACGAGGGUUCCCUCCUCGGGUCGGCCCAGGUGGAUGCCGGUUCGCAGCAGCCCCGGUCGUGUCAGGUUCUACGACUUCCAGCCCGGCUGGACGGCCUGAAACUGGCCCACCACGGCAGCCGGUUCAUCUCCGACGUGGCGAAGCGAGAGAUGGUUCUGGAUGCGAGUGUGGACAUUGGGGGUUUUGCGAGAGUGCUGUGGUGGAGUCACAAAUUCAAGGUCCACGUGGACAGCCAUCUCACCGUUGAUCCCGUCUUCCUUGAUGUCCUUGAUCAGGAAAACACUUCUCAACUUGAGCUCUUUCUUAAUUAGUAAUAAUAAUUAGUUCCCUUCUCUUUCUAUGAUAUUGUUAAUGGAUAUUUUUGGUACACAAAUUCAUAACCAUAGUUCCCACCCCACCCUGUUUCAUUAUGUUAUAUUAAUUCAUCUUUGCAUUUCAUAGUUCACUAUCUUUUCUUAAUGUUUUUGGUUCAUUGUAGGAUUAUCAAUUUUCUUCUAUUUUUGUUUAAACAUUAGGGUUUUGUGAAAUUAAAUACCAUUAAUUAUUGCA